GGCGCGAGCGACGCAACAACGGCCAAGAGAAGCGACCGCGACCGCGGCCGUCGCCUUUGCCCGCCUCGCAAGCUUCGCCCUCCCUCCAAUCCCGCGCCACCGCCUCUCCGCCUCCCCAACCCCGCCGGCCAGAUCGCGAGGCCCACGCCGAGGCAGCGCAUCCGUCACAUCAUCUCCCCUACGCGUCGGGAACCCUAGCGGCGCGCGCGCGGGGGGGCGGCCGACAGGAUGGCGUACGUGGACCAGGCCUUCUCCCUCACCGACGAGGACGACCUGGUCGACGGCGCGAUGUGGGGCCGCCCGCGCGGGCCGCCGGUCAAGGAGAUCGCCUUCGCCGCCGCGCUCCUCGCGUUCGGCGCCCUCGGCGUCGUCGCCGGCCUCGUCAUGGCCGCUCAUCAAGUCGGCGGCGACCGCUCCCACGGCAUUUUCUUUACAGUGCUGGGUGUUGUAAUGUUCAUUCCUGGGUUCUACUACACGAGGAUAGCAUACUAUGCUUACAAAGGGUACCAGGGCUUCUCUUUUGCCAACAUCCCUCCUAUCUGAAGGAGCAGCGGCCAGACCUGCGGUUGGACCUUCUCAUCCAAUACCCUGCUUAUAAAGCAUAAGCAUACUUGUAUUUCUUCUUAUUUCUGUUUGUACACUUAUUAUAGAUUGUACCAGUAGCUGUACAUAGAAAAAUGAAUUGGUACAAUACCAGAAGCCGUGACAAUAUAGUGAUUUCACCCAAGAACUUGUUGAUUACUAUGUGAUUGCAUUGAGCUGUCAGACUGUCACGCUUGGUUCCUGCA